AUGUGUGCCAAUCUCGAAGAGAAUGUGUUCGACAUAGCAUGCAAUGAGAGUUGCAAAUUACACCAGCAUCCAGAGUAUUAUGAAAAUGACGGAAAGAGAGGGAAUAGUAGGCCCCGAAUACAGGCGCCCCAACCUAUUAUGUGCAUAAAAAAGUAUAAAUAUAUCGUUAAUACUAAUAGCGAAAUGGAGGUGCGGUUGUGUAGAGAAGGAAAACGUGUUGGGGCGCCUCGGAUUCUUAUAUACUCUAGUACAGAAAAGGCCAUUGUAUUGACAGAAUCGGUCACUUCACUAAUGAAUGGGUCCUUUUGUUUCCCGUUUUGCUUUUCGGCCGGAAAUAGUGAUUAUACAGCGGUUAAGAAGCGCACGAAUCCCUAUCGACUCCAAAUCUCGACCUUUCAAAAUCAUAACUUCUUACUCGGGUGCCGUCGAUGGCCCGAUGCCCAGCCAUCAUGUGUUCAGGCCUGCGAUGACUCCAGCAAUGUUAACAAUUGGGUGCUGUAUUGUGUGUUGGGCUGCAAUCACGCGCUCGGCUUAUAUAUAGAUAAAAUCAAGGCAGAAGUGGGCACACCUUCGGCCCCAUUCCUCGGGGCCGACACUCUGACCAACGAGUCAUUGACAAUAGAGUGGAAGAGCGCUCCGUAUCCUAACAUCACAUAUUUGGUGCAAUGGCGGUACGAAGUGUUGGGCGGCGACUGGAACUACUAUAUGCCCGACGAUGUGCUCAAUGCUAGUCGCGUCGAAAUCAAAGGACUCAACGCAUACACACAGUAUAGGUUUCGCGUCGAAUGGAUUGUCCUCCCGGAGUACGGGAUGACACUAUUCUCGCACCAAAGUGUCACUAUAGCCACACUGGCCUAUGGGGUGCCGUCAACGCCGCCCACCAUCACCAGUGCGGUGGCCGUCAGCGCCACACAGAUGUCUGUGAGUUGGGAAGCGCCCCGUUUCCCAAACGGACCCAUCAUCUCAUACGCCCUGUUGUUGAGUGAAUACCCGAACGGCACUAAUGUUGUCAAAGAUAUGCCAAAUUCGCCCACAAGUGAUACAGACAUUCAUUUGAGACACAAUAAGAGUUUGCAUUAUAUGUUUAAUUCGCUUAAAGUCAACACCACUUAUAAUAUAUCAAUCCUUACGCGCAAUAACUUUGGCGAAGGACCCAAAGCGCAGACAAAUGUGACGACACAUGAAAUAGACAUUAGGAAUAUGUACGGCAACGAGUCGUCAGUUCCGGAGCUUUUUCUGGCCACAGAUCGAGAAGUGCUUCGAAGAGACCCACAGUUCCCGAUAGACGGGGACGUUAUAUAUAGACUCAAUGAUUACUCGACCAGCGCUGACAUCAGCGGACUCGCAGUCCACGUGCAGCACAAGUAUCUCUUUGUUUCGGACACUUCGGGAACCAUUCGUCGAAUCAAUUUGAAAGACGAACACAACAAACAGAUCCGCACAAUAGUGAGGGACAGGACGACAAAGCCGUCCGGUUUGUCAGUGGACUGGUUGGCCGAUAAGUUAUAUAUGAUUGAAGAGAGCAAAAUCAGUCGCUGCACUCUCGAUGGCGACAAAUUAGAGUCCGUUAUCACUGGAUUCAAGACAAGACCAGCAGAUAUGAAAGUAGAUCCCUAUAAUGGGUAUCUGUAUUGGAUGUCAAUCAGUGAUUCAAACACCGCUAGUCUUUAUCGCAUAGAUCUGGCGCUAAUCGCCAACGAUGUGAUCGCUUAUAACUACGCGAGGCUUAUAUAUCAGGAGCCGUCGGUCACAGCAUUUGCCGUCGAUUUCAUCAAUUAUCGCAUAUUUAUGCCCAUUAGUCGCGAGGCGUCCAUAUUCUCCAUAACCAUCGACGGCAACGAUCGCGUGAACGUCAGACACAACUCCCAACGCAACGACCUGUUGGAGAGUAUAGACAAUCUCGUGGUUCACGACAACCUCUUCUACUUCACAAAAGGCAACGAAGUCUAUAACGAAGAGUACGACCGCCUGAACGACAAAUACCAUCACAGCUCGACACAGAUCGGUGCCAACAAUUUGAUCUCGUUGUGUGUGUUUAACUACAGCAGCCAACCCUAUCCCGUGCCACUAAACCCUGUGAAGAGCGUGCAGUCAGUGUUUCUCGACCGGAGCGCGAAGAUUGUGUGGGAAAAGCCGGACCUAUUGGGUGACAAAGGACAGGGCGCUUGGCAACAGUGGUCCUACGAGGUCAGCAUUGAGGAGACCUUAUCUCGGAUUACAUUUCUCGACAGGGGAUUAACGUCGACGUACUGCGAGGCCGAUGAGCUCAACCCCAACACCGAGUAUAAUAUCAAAGUGAGAGCGUAUAGCGCGGCCGGCAAUGGCUCCUGGAGUCAAACAUUUCAGGGAAAGACAUUGCAUUCAAUACAAAAGGACUCGAGAUUUCCGUUCGCACUUUGGAGCACAAGGGAAGGGGUCCUCAAGUCAAACAUCGUUGGCGAUAGAGUCGAGCAUUUGGUACACAGAAUGAAUAUGAACGGCACGAUUGUUAAUGAUAUCAGUUGGUAUAGAGAUGUGGUAUUUUUGAACGGCGAGAACAAUAUCUUCAUCUAUAAUCUGACAUCACACGCAUCCCUGACCACAAUCAACAACAUAACCGGUGCGUCGAGUAUAGCUGUAGACUGGAUCGCACCCAAACUCUACUGGUCUAGUCCUGCACAGCGAAUGAUCUCUCGAUCCAAUCUCGACGGCAGUCAUUCAGAACCCCUUCCUAUUAUGACAUUCGCCAAAGAGAUCGCUAUUGACUCGAGGAUGGGAUACAUCUAUUGGGCCACCGGUUAUAGCGUUGAGUUUAGUCGACUCAACGGAAUGGAUCGCAUCAAGUAUUUUGAAACUAAUCUCUUCGCCGGAAAACACAUUAUGGGUCUGACUCUGAAUCUGGACACGAAUCUCAUUUUCUGGAUACUCAGGAGCUAUGAGGGGGUCGUCCUCUACAGCGCUAAUCUGGCCAACGGUGAGAACACUGAACACAUCACACAAACCAUUAGAAUUGUCGGGCAUUUGCCUGAGAAUCACUUGAGAGGACCGCUCUCUUACUAUAGCGACCGUAUGUUUUGGUUGGAAGAGAACCAAAAUCACGCCCUUAUUAGCGGUGAAAACGGCGAAAACUUUGCCGUUCUUAAGGGUUUAGGUCUCAAUGAUAUCAACACACUUACGGUUGUUGACCCAUCACUACAGCCCAUUCCCAAAGGCUUCGCUUCGCUUUACGACAUUCAAGUCAUACCCAAUGACUUGAAAGAGGAGGACAUCAAACUGACCGGAGUUUACGAUAAUUUCACAAUAUUCUGGAAAAAGUGCGAAAACGUAAACUACGAUCAAGUCUUCUACGAGUUGGUCAUUGAGGACAGCCGUCAAAAUAAUAGACAGUCAAUGAUAACACACAAAACCAAAUACCCGUAUCCUUUGGCCAACCAAUUGGCGCCCUAUUCUAAGAUAAAGUUAGCGAUCCGUGCCUUUACUUAUUGGGCGUCGUCUAAACAGACUGUUAUUGAAUUGUAUUCUCCAAUGUCUACACCAACCAAACCAUCGAAACCCAGAAUAUUCAUCAAUUAUGAGCGCUCGACAUAUGAUAAUUCAAUCGAGAAAAUUCACGCCGAGUUCCGGUGGUCACCACCGGAGCUGCCAAAUGGCGUUAUACUGGGCUAUACUGUGAACGCUUGGUCUAUACAAUCGGGUCAGAAGAAUCCCGAAGUGGAAAGUGUCAAAGUUUACGGACAAACACAUCAAAUAUACUUAAGUGACCUUAAGAUGAAUACUUCGUACUAUUUUCAAGUGCAGGCCUUCACCGAAGCGGGUGACGGACCGCCCAGUGAUGUGAUCGGCGCUCUCAGCUCUAAUGAACAUCCAGUUCCCCGACUGCUGGUCACUAAACAGGACUCCAUUAGAAUGGCUGAUAUAGACUCACACGAGGAGAAAAUCUUGACCACAAAAGCCAUAAUUCCUGUAUCAGUCACUUAUAUAAGUAAAGAGAAUCUCAUGUUUUGGGUGGAAGAGGACGGCAUCCUUAAGAAGUCAUAUUUGGACGGAACUAACAUAACAAUCAUUCGUCAGAUGCACUCUCCGGGCAGUGGUCUCACUGUUGAUUGGAUCGGUCGACAUCUUUAUUGGUCAGAAACGGAUUUUACUUCGCCGAAGAGCACCAUCUGGUCGUACGAUCUGAACGACCCGAACGCCAAACCAGUUCUCGUCACGUCUAAGAACAAUGUGGUGAUCGGUUCCAUAGAAGUGGAUCCGUUCUCCAGUACAUUGAUUUGGACGGAAAUGUUUAACCAAAAUAAGGGUUACCUAAAGAUGUGCGACAUUAAGAGUAGAGGCAUCGCUUCGACGGCAAGUGUCAGACCAUUCUUCCAGCAAAACAAAGCCAGAAGUAGGCGAGACAUCGGUUCCGGUGGUUGUAAUUGUACGACACAUUCAUUCGUGAGCAACGCUCUGACCAUUGAUCGAUCAAAUUAUGGCAAAUCGGAGCUCUUGUGGUACGAUUUGAAGUACGAGAGGAUAAUGGCCAGCGAUAUGACCGGUUGUCGGUGUCGUAUUGUAAUCAACAAUACGUACGGCUUUCCGCCGACAUCGAUGGCUGUGGACAACGAUUUCAUCUACUGGUCAAACGCCUCUUUAGGCAAUGUCUACAAAAUGGCAAAAUACGUGCCGAAAGGUAACUCAAAGUCACACGUAUUGCAAUUGAAAGCUCUGCCAAAUAUGUUGAAUGUGUUGCACAACGCGAAUGAACCGCAUUUAGUGAUGUCUGAGAUCGCGAACGGCGUUCACGGCAUCAAAGCCCUGAGCGAUCACUUGCAGCCGUAUCCGCACUUUGAAUGUCUGGUUCCCAUGGAAUACCACGAGACCGUCCGACUACAGGACAACACCGCAAACAGUCUAACCAUUUCCAUGCAAGAGGUGAGGCGACCGUUGGGCUGCGCGAAGACCACUCUGGCCUCCGUUAAGUACACUAUAUAUUACGGCAAAGUUUUGUCCGACGGUUUCUACGAGUGCGGACUCAGCCUCAGAGGCUGUACUAUAGUCGACACGUUUAACGAUACCAUCACUUUGACGGGUUUGGAACCGUUCACUAACUAUACGAUUCGUGUGGCCGUCAAAAACUUUUACACGUCCAACAACUCUAACCUUCCCGGCCCUCCCGUCAACUUCGAGACCGCAGAGACUAAGCCAUCGCCGCCCAGGAAUGUGGCCGCGAAAGUGGAGACACCGCACCGAAUACGGGUGAUGUGGGAACCGCCCGAAAAGCCCAACGGAGACCCAAUCCUAUAUGAGAUGCGCUGGUAUUCGCAGAAAGACCAGGACUGGCACAAAGCCGUCUACACCAGGAAACCCGAAACAACCAGAUUUGGUGACAAGUUCUAUAUGGAAAUGAACGACAACAUCAAACCGGGUCUCACGUACUUCAUUAACAUUAGGGCCUAUUCUAGUGACGGCCUCUUCUACAGCGAGAGCGAAACCACAUCCGUUACGACAUAUAAACUGCCGAACGAACUCUAUUUGGUGGACAAGUCUAGCCGUUCCCUAAGAGUGAGUUGGGAUUCACCGCAAUCCGAGACCAACGUCUCUGAGAUCGGUCAGCACACCAUUCAGUACUGCAGAUACGGCACCGACCGAUGGAUCGGCCAGGAGUUCAAUAGCACUCAACCGUCGACUAAAUACGUGUUUUCGGUGACGAAACUGACGCCAAACACAGAGUACGCGUUCCGACUGUUACUCACGUAUCGGUCGACAACAGUGCUCUUCAAAUGGCCCGAAACCGAGCGCUAUGUCUUCAAAACACUGGGCGACGCACCGGAAGUGCCCGAAACGCCGCUAAUUGACAAAAUCCCUGGCGUUAGUCAAACCGUAUAUAAAGUUUGGUGGACUAAAAUCAAUGGAAAUGGCGCUCAAAAUGUUUACUACAACUUAUGGUAUAAAUUGGUCGAUAAAAGCGCCGAUAGUUUGGAUGUGAACAACGAAUGGACGCAAAUAUAUAACGGAACCGAAAACUAUUGGUUUAUUACAAACUUGUCGACCGAUAAGAGCGUUGCCUUCAAAUUACAAGCCGUCAGUGAAUUUGGUUCAAGUAAUUACAGCGAAGAGAGCGAACCCUUUGAGAUCACAAACGCAGAGGUUUUACCCGAAGACGAUAUGAUCACAAUAGCUGCCGCUAUUAUGGGUGCCGUACUCUUUGUGGUCGUUGUUUUAACACUGUUUUGCACAAUUCGCAAACGACAGGUUCAGGAACAGAAGAAGAAGGCUCUGGGAGACGGUAGUAUUCACAGAAAUACACUGGAAUUGGUUCCCUGGCCUGAACUGCCCGGACAUCCGCACCAUUUGAACACACUUUACACGAAUAGUAACUUUGAUUUAGACAAUGAGUUGAUGGCAAUGAAUAAAAUACAAAGAGAACAGAUUUCCGAAACACAAUUCCUCGGCAGCGGAGCGUUUGGUGAAAAUAAAGUUGUAAAAAGAGGAUUUGAUAACCCCGGCUAUAGUGAGGAUGAGAGACAGGCAGGACACUCAUCACAUAGUCUGAAAAACUCAAGCAAUUCUUCGGGUCAGAGCUGUUCCAGCAGUUCUACCCUAAAGCCAAGCUAUCAAAACGGACACAUCAAAUACGAAGACCUGACACACGAAGACUACGGUCUGACUGAUGCGGACGGCUAUCAAAUACCGAUCAGUAAAUCGCCGCUUCAGGUGUCGGUCGAUAAAAACCAAUUACUGAAUACAAUGAACCAAAUAGUUGUACUUAACACUAAUGAUAACACCCGAAGACCACAGCCCACCGCCGCCUCCCGUCGGAAGCCACUGACGGACUCAAUGGGCAGUUGUUCUCCGCCACCGACUUAUUCACAAGUGUUCAAAGCGACUGAAGUGGCGCUCAAUUGUGAACUCAAUAACUACGAGAAUAACGGGUCGAUCGGUGGACCGGCGGCUGAAAUGCCGACAAAUAGUCAUAAUAAUAAUCAUAGCGUUAGUCUCAGUCACGAUAAAACCAAAAACUCUCUUCUAGUCAUCAAUGAUAACAAAACUGAGUCCAUUCACCACAACACUAACCAAUCGUCACACUCUUCUUCAUUAUCAUCGUCUCCCACAUCGUGUAUGACAUCGACAUCGAGUUCACCCAUCAUAGCGGCCGCUCUCCUCAAGAGCCAGUCCUCAAUCAUACAGUUGUCUCAGCCCUCGAGACACAUGACUGAAACCAAAUACUGUUUCAAUGGAAAGGACAGAAACCACAGAAACAAUCAAAGCCUCGCCAAUAGCUCUGUGGAGACGUCCGAAGAGGACUACGACACCGACUUUGACGCCGAGGGUGUCGUCGCCGCCAACGAUCUCUUUUGUAACGCGAAGUGUAAUACAAAUAAUAAUAAUAAUAAUACUGUGAAUGCGAGGCAGUGUUCGCAGUCGAGGACCGCCACCACUACUACUAAUCCAUUGACGGGUUAUACAAAUCCGUUAAUUAAUGUCAAAAUGAAUGAUCAAAAUCAAAGUAAAUACGCUCUAAUCACUCGACUCGACCAUCAAAAUGCAUUCCCUACUAAUAAUAACCAUUCAUUCAACUACGACAACAACUCUUCGUGGUGUUGAUCCACUCAUACCAUUACCAUUCAUUCCUAUCUUAUUCUUCCAAACAUCACAUCUAAUCCAAAAUGACAUUAAAAACAAAGAUUUUUAUAAAUAUUGAAAUUAAAUUUAUAACAGAUUUACCAA